UGCAGCCGCCCGUCUAGCAUCACGUGGUUUUGCCCUGAACCCGGAAGUAUUAAACGCAUUAUGGUUAUCAAGUUAAGAGUGAAAAUAUAAAAUAUUCAGACGCGCUGUAAAUCUCUCAAGGACCUGCAUUUAGUAACACAGACUUACCAGUCUUUAUAUUUUGGUCGGCUAUGAUUGGUUCUGAUAUAUGGCUCAUUUGACGUUUACAUCCUGAUCGAAAAAUGACAUACCUUGGAUUAGAAAGGUCAUGAUGUUCGAAUGUGGUUCUGGUCAUGGAGAAAAGAAUCGAUGCACCAGAAGUGCAACAACCUCCCCCUUUUCAGAGUGUCGCUGCUAGCGCUGAGGACAAAGAAUGUGAAACGGAUACAGCCAAAAAUGGGAAAGCAGUGGGAUUCGUGCUGGUACAUGCAGGGGCUGGUUACCACUCUGAAUCCAAAGCAAAGGAAUACAAACACGCCUGUAAGAGAGCUUGUCAAAAGGCAAUUGAAAAACUGAAGUCUGGUGCACUUGCUAUCGAUGCAGUAACAGCAGCACUUGUAGAGCUGGAGGAUUCUCCUUUUACCAAUGCAGGGAUGGGCUCCAAUUUAAACCUUUCAGGGGAGAUUGAAUGCGAUGCCAGCAUUAUGGAAGGGAAGUCCUUACAUUUUGGAGCUGUCGGCGCCCUUGGUGGAAUAAAGAAUCCAGUCUUGGUUGCAAACAGACUAUUGAGUGAAGCCCAGAAAGGGAAACUGUCAGCUGGCAGAAUUCCUCCUUGCUUUUUAGUUGGAAGAGGAGCACAUCAGUGGGCGCUAGACCAUGGAAUACCACCAUGUCCUUCUGACAAAAUGGCUACAAAGUUUAGUUUAUCAGCAUAUAAGAGGAACAAACGGAAGAUGGAGCUGGCAGAGAAGGUGGAAACAGAGUUUAUUCAGACAAAGAGAAGAAGACAAUCAAGUGAAAACAGAGCUUCAGAGACGCACACAGGUUUUCCAGGAGAACAGGAGAAAAAAAAAGAAAAUGACUCAGGUUCUUUGGAUACUGUUGGGGCAAUAGUCAUUGAUCAUGAAGGGAAUGUGGCAGCUGCUGUUUCCAGUGGGGGCUUAGCAAUGAAGCAUCCAGGAAGAAUUGGUCAGGCGGCUCAUUAUGGAUGCGGUUGCUGGGCUGAAAAUUCAGGGAACCUGAAUCCGUAUUCCACAGCUGUGAGUACUUCAGGUUGUGGAGAGCACCUUGUUCGAACCAUGUUAGCCAGAGAAUGUUCAAUUGCCUUGCAGUCUGAAGAUGCUCACCAUGCCUUGCUGGAGACUAUGCAAAAUAAGUUUAUCAGCUCACCCUUCUUAGCCAGUGAAGACUGUGUUCUUGGUGGUGUGAUAGUUCUUCGAUGCUGCCGAUGCACUGUGGAAUCACAGGAUAUUCAAGCCUUCUUAGUGGAAUUCCUGUGGAGCCAUACGACAGAGAGCAUGUGUGUUGGGUACAUGUCGGCUCAAGAUGGGAAAGCCAAGACUCACAUUUCAAGACUUCCUCCUGGAGCUGUCGCGGGGCAGUCGCUUGCCAUUGAGGGAGGGGUGUGCAGGCUGGGGAGCCCCAUAAACUGAACUCAGCAGACUGGUGUAAGAGCAAUAUGUGCGGUCGCCAUGUGCCGGCACGCUAAUAAGCUUUAGUGUUUUUAACAGGUGUCUUGGAGUUGUAAAUAUUCUGAUCUUUAGUGCACUAUGACUUAAUAUGCUGCUGUACACUAAAACCCUUGUUGUAUGCUGCUUUUUGUUUGGGUAGAAAAUAAAGCAACUCUCGCCUCUAGUUUACAUGAAGGUAAACCUGGUGUUUCACACAGGAGCUUCUUUUUUGUGUGUAAGCACUGUAUUUGCCAUAUGAUCUAUGAUAGUGUAAUAGCGUGGGUUCUCGCUGUUCCUUUUUUAUUUGCUUAAUAUUUUUAUUUACUUUUGAAUCUGUUACUAAAACGUUAUGAUAGAGAGAUAACAUUCUGACGAUGUCCAAACCUGGCAAAAAAGUAUAAAUGGGUACAUGAUGUUAUUUUUCUUUUAGAAUGUAUGUUAUUUGGACUUUUGUAUGACUGUCAGGAGGAAAUAUUCUGUUCUGUCAUUUAAAAAAGAUUGUAAAAUGUUUUAUUCGAUAUGAUUGUUAUUAGGUACACCUUAUAUUGUGUUUAAUUAAUCCUAAUCUAAAACUUAAUUUCAUAUUUUCAUUGUAUGCAUAACUCAUUCUGACCAUCCUGUAAACAUAGGCAUCCUUCAAAUAAUUAUUCAACAAGGUUUAGCCAUCUUAAUUCAUUAAUAAUGUAUGAGCAUGUCAAUAAAUGUAUUGAACUGCAUUGCACUGACAGAUAUGCUAAUGAUUUAUAAAUGUGUCCCUAAUAUAUUUCUACUCUGAUGCAUUAUGAGCAUCAGCAAUUUA